AAUUUCUAACCUUUAGAGUUGGUCGUCGUCUUAUACAUACAUGUAUGUAAGUGUCUAAUUUUGGUUUCUGAAAUUGUUACGAUAUAUUAGUAACUAUCUCAUAAUAAACUAACGAAUAUAUAGAAGAACGGUAUUUUGUUAGAAAAAAUAAGUUCUCAUUAAAGAAGGAUGUCAAUUUUACUACGAUUCAUCCGUUCUCAAAGAAUUAAGAGCGGAUUGACAUUUCUAAGGCCGAAAGAAAAUAAUGUAUGUAACAGAAUACACCGAAGUGAUGUAUCAGUUAAAAAUUCUGAAAAAGAGAGUACGUAUGAGGUAAAAAAAGCAUGGGCCAGUUAUGGAUUUUAUAACGAAGAUCAGAAAGCUGAUAAGCAAGCCAUGCAUCUAACAUUCUUUAUAUCUAUAUCCGUAUGCUUCGUGUUUGGUGCUCUUAUAAUUGGUUAUGCACCAGAUCCAUUUCUGAAAGAUUGGUCUCAACGAGAAGCAUAUUUGCAACUUCGUUACAGAGAAGAACAUGGUUUACCACCGAUUGAUCCAAAUCUAAUAGAUCCAUCAAAAAUCAAGCUCCCAAGUGAAGAGGAAUUAGUUGAUGUUGAAAUAAUUAUUUAAACAAUAUCAACAUUGUGGAGAAGAAAUUCUAAAAAAAAACACUAGCAGUCUUAACUAUUAAAAUAAAAUCUGUUAUUCUGAUAUUUACACAAUAACAGUUGAUACAAGAUCAAUCUGUACAAUAUUUAAUAAAUGAUUCUUGUUCAAAA